UAAUUGACAGCCUAUGCCGCACGUUUUGGCCCCGAACGCGUGCCAUACAGACUCGUUCUGCACUUGAGGCAGUCUGCGUUUGCGUGGAGGCGACGUCACGCGCUCCCACGUCGCGGCCCUUGCGUCAUCGCCUCGCGGAAAUACACGGAGGCUGUCGGUUUCGCUCGCUGUGGAUUCGGGGGUGAAAAUGAGCGGACGGUGAGGGACCCGAGGAGAAGACAGACUGCAGCGCCUCAUCGCAGCCGGGCUCGGUGGUGUGACUUUACCGUGUGCGAUCCCGCGGCGUCGGCGAGGCGUGUCGGUGCCGGUCGGCGGGCCUGCCUGGCUGAGUCGCUGAGCGUUUCUCUGGGUCGGUUUCGGGUCUGUGGACAUGUCCCUGUUCCAGUCUGCGCUGGAUUUCCUGGCCGCUGCGGGGGCCGGAGGCGCCGGGGGCGCCGGAGCCGCCAGCCGGGACCAGAACGACUUCGUGGGGCAGAUAGUGGAGCUCGGAGACACCAAGCUCCGGAUCAAGCGGGUCAUCGCGGAAGGUGGCUUUGCGUUCGUGUAUGAAGCCCAAGAUCUCGGCAGCGGUAAAGACUACGCUCUGAAGAGGCUUCUCUCUAAUGAAGAGGAGAAGAAUAAGGCCAUCAUCCAGGAAGUCUGCUUUAUGAAAAAGCUGUCUGGUCAUCCUAAUGUGGUCCAGUUUUGCUCGGCUGCUUCCAUCAGUAAAGAGGAGUCAGACACGGGCCAGGCCGAGUUCCUCAUCCUCACAGAGCUCUGUAAAGGUCAGCUGGUGGACUUUGUGAAGAAGGUGGAGCAGAAGGGAUCCAUGUCAUGCGACACCAUCCUGAAAAUAUUCUACCAGUCGUGUCGCGCCGUGCAACACAUGCACAAGCAGAAGCCGCCAAUCAUACACCGGGACCUGAAGAUUGAGAAUCUGCUGAUCAGCCAGCAGGGGACGAUAAAGCUGUGUGACUUCGGCAGCUCCACCACCAUCGCCUAUUAUCCAGACUACAGCUGGUCAGCGCAGAAGAGGUCCAUGGUGGAGGACGAGAUCACCAGAAACACCACGCCGGCCUACAGGACUCCGGAGAUGAUCGACCUCUAUUCCAACUUCCCCAUCAAUGAGAAACAGGACAUAUGGGCUCUGGGCUGCAUCCUGUACCUGCUGUGUUUUAAGCAGCACCCGUUUGAAGAAGGAGCAAAGCUGCAGAUCGUUAACGGCAAAUACAGCAUCCCUCAGAACGACACGCGCUACACCGUCUUCCACGAGCUCAUCCGCUCCAUGCUGAAGAUAAAUCCAGAGGAGCGCUUGACCAUCACCGAACUGGUUAACCAGCUGCAGGAGAUCGCUGCUGCUAGGAACUGCAACCCGAAAUCCCCUGUUACCGAGCUGCUGGAGCAGAACGGAGGGUUCGGGAACAACGCCGCUCAGCUCCCAGCACAGAUCAACAACAUACACAACGCAGGUGUGUACAGUGGAGACCCUGACCAGGGGAUGGGCGGAGGCUUCCUGGACAUCCUUAAAGGUGGAACAGAGCGCUUUCUGACCAACAUUAAAGACACGUCCUCCAAGGUCAUCCAGUCUGUGGCCAGCCCCAGUUAUGCUAAAGGAGAUCUGGACCUGUCCUACAUCACCUCCAGAAUCGCAGUGAUGUCAUUUCCAGCCGAGGGAGUGGAGUCCGCCAUCAAGAACAACAUUGAGGACGUUCGUUUGUUCCUGGAUUCUCGGCAUCCAGGACAUUAUGCUGUUUACAAUCUCUCCAGACGCUCCUACAGACCGGCCCGCUUCCACAACCGGGUAUCAGAGUGCGGCUGGCAGGUGAGACGAGCUCCCACUCUGAAGAAUCUGUACAGCAUCUGUAAGAACAUGCACCAGUGGCUCAAACAGGACCAGAGGAACGUCUGCAUCGUUCACUGCCUGGACGGGCGUGCAGCGUCUGCCGUGGCCGUGUGUUCGUUUCUGUGUUUCUGCCGGCUCUUCUCCACCGCUGAGGCUGCAGUCUACAUGUUCAGUAUGAAACGCUGCCCACCAGGAAUCGCGCCAUCACACAAGAGGUAUAUUGAGUACAUGUGUGACAUGAUGGCGGAGGAACCCAUAAUUCCCCACAGCAAGCCCAUCCUGAUCCGCUCCAUCAUCAUGACGCCCGUGCCGCUCUUCAAUAAGCAGAGGAACGGCUGCCGGCCGUUCUGCGAGGUUUACGUUGGAGACGAGCGCGUAGCAACCACCUCCCAGGAGUACGAUAGGAUGAAGGACUUUAAGAUGGAAGACGGCAGAGCCGAGAUUCCUCUGAAUGUGACGGUUCAGGGAGACGCGCUGAUCGUCAUCUACCACGCUCGCUCUACGCUCGGAGGACGCCUGCAGGCCAAGAUGGCCUCCAUGAAGAUGUUCCAGAUCCAGUUCCACACCGGCUUCGUUCCCCGAAACGCCACCACUGUCAAGUUCGCCAAGUAUGAUCUGGACGCGUGUGACAUCCAGGAGAAAUACCCUGACCUGUUUCAGGUGAAUCUGGACGUGGAGGUGGAGCCUCGUGAUUGCCCUAGCAACAAGACUCCGCCCUGGGAGAACUUCUCCACUAAAGGCCUCAAUCCAAAAAUCCUCUUUUCCAGUCGGGACGAGCAGCAGGAGAUCCUGGCCAAGUUCGGCAAGCCAGAGCUUCCUCGGCAGCCGGGUUCUACAGCGUUCUACGAUUCUGAGGUUCCACAGCCCGACAACAGUCCUGAGGGCCCAAGCGCAGAGCGGGAAUCACCUUCCCCUCCCAGCAUGGACACCAACGCUAACAACUUCUUCCAGACGCUGGACUGGGACGAUGGCAGAGGGCAGUACAAUCGCUCGGACAGUCUGUCUGGACCAAUGGAGGACCAGGAUGAUUUGAGUGGAGGUUCGGAGGAGGAGUCGGUGUCGUACUCCGCCCCCGUGGAAGGGUCGCUUUCACGUGACCCCAGUGAGCCUCUGUUUGAAGCGGACUUUACGACGUCUCUGCCUGACCCCCAGCCGGACACCGAAGAUCUGCUGGGCCUAAACUCCGACCCCAGCCCACCAGCCGCGGCUCCUCAGCCAGCCGUUGCCACGGAACCAGGACUGAAGACUUGUGCUAGUAACAGCGAUCUGCUGAAUGACCUGUUUGCGCCCAACUCUGGCUCCACCCACACUCCGGAGACUGAGGACCUGUUCUUCACCAACACUCCCAGCCAGCCUUCUGCUGCCCCCGCUGCCCCUAAUGCCCCUACAGCCUCCAAGGUGGAUGAUCUGUUUGACCCCUUUGGUGUGGGGUCAGGGGUCUCGGCAGGAUCCGACCCAUUUGGUGACCUGCUCGGGUCUGACGGCAGCAGCAAUAGUUUUAAAGCUCCGCCUCCUCCUGCAACCAAUGCCAGCCUCUUCAACCUCCAUAAGCUAGCUGGGGAUAUGCCUAAGAUGACGUCAUCAGCGAGUCAGCCUGAUCUGCUGGGUGGCUGGGACAGCUGGGCGAAAGGAGCCACCAGCACUGCAGCUAGCAUGCCUGCUACUGCUAACAAACCAGCUUUUACUGCUCCUGGUGCUCCCUCCUUCUCGAAGGCCAAGUCUCAGAGCUUUGACCCCUUCGCUGACCUCGGUAACCUGGGGUCCACCCUGCCAGGAUCCUCCAGCAGUGGCUUCUCGGGCUCAGGGUUUAAGGCAGCACCCCCUGCUGGAAGCUCUAAAAACUCGUCCCAGUCGUGGCAGCAGUCUUCCCGCCCCACCGCCGCCACUGCCUCCUCCAGUAAACCCUGGAUGCCCCCGAGCUCUGCCCCCAAAACCAGCACCAGCCAACCAGCAAAGCCCAACUACAACCUCAACUUCAGCGUGAUUGGAGGACGAGAGGAGAGGGGAAUCAGGGGGCCAGGCUUUGGUCCAAAGCCGAAGGUGAAAGAGGAUGAUUUUGAGGAUCUUCUGUCCACGCAGGGUUUCUCCUCCAGACCCGAUAAGAAGGGACCUCGCACCAUCGCAGAGAUGCGCAAACAGGAGAUGUCCAAAGACAUGGACCCACUGAAGCUACAGAUCCUGGAGUGGAUCGAGGGGAAGGAGAGGAAUAUCCGGGCGCUGAUCUCCACCCUGCACACGGUGCUGUGGGAAGGCGAGACGCGCUGGAAACCUGUCAACAUGGCCGACUUGGUCACACCUGACCAGGUGAAGAAGUACUACAGGAAAGCCGUGCUGGUCGUCCAUCCAGACAAGGCGACGGGGCAGCCGUAUGAGCAGCACGCCAAGAUGAUCUUCAUGGAGCUCAACGACGCCUGGUCCGAAUUUGAGAACCAAGGAGCUAAAGCCCUGUUCUGAGCGUGCUCACUGAGGCCCGGACCACCGUUCUCUCUCUGUCUCUACAGACCCGAACUGCCUUUAUCACCCACAUACUGCCUCGGCUCCACCAGGGAGCGCUAGAGAGAAACAGCAGAGCGAAGCUACUUAAAACUGAGACAAUCGCUGGAUGAUAACGGAGAGAAAUACCUCUCUCUCUGAGAGGAUCGAGAUGGACGAGGCUGCUGAGUCUUACUGCUAAACUGUCUCCAUCUCCAAAGGAGCUACACUUCUUUUCUUGUCCUCCGUGCGAGGAGGAAAUGUGCACAUACAGAGCGUUGGAGAGGCAGUCCGCGUCUUGCACUGCGAAAGAGCUCCAUCCUCUGGAUGGGUUUAGGAACAAAAGUGAAGAAAUAAGAUAAUAACGCUGAUCUUUAUUUUCAUAUGCUUUUUUUUUUUAUCUUUUUGUGUUGUCUUUUGGGAUGUUUGUUGAUCCUCACAAAUUAGCAUAUCGACUAAUGUGUGUGUGUGGGAUUCAGCUUGAUCAUGAGUGAGUGGAGGGAUGCAGAUUUUGGCAGAUUCUUUAGACCCUCAUUAGCGAUUGAUCUUUAACCGACAAACCUAAAAUUAAGGACGCGACCCAAGCGAAACAGUUAUUAAACAGUUCUGAUUGGCUGACCUGUUCAGAGCUGUUGUCAUAUACUUGAUAUAACUCAUUUCUGCAUUAACGCACCAAGAUAUUACUGUAAUGGUGUGUAUGUACAGAUAGGUGGAACCUAUAUGAAGUAAGCUGACCCGGUUCUGUUUCAAUUGAGGGGCUUACGGCUAUAAUGUUUACAAUUUUCUGACAAAAUACUACAGAGUUGUAUAGCUGGAAUAUAUUAUAAUAGGCUAUUGAAAGGUCUGUUUUUACACUCGUCACCAGUCCAAGCUAAAAUGAACAUGAACGUCAUGGCUAGGGCAACUCUAGCGCAGUGUACCUCAGUAGCUUCUCAGAGAACACGGACAAAAAAAUCCUCUAGAAAAGUUCCCGAACAUCCGCACUGGUCGGCCUGUUUAGCAGAACCGGCCCAAAAAUGUUCAAAAAACUCCCACGUUUUCAAACUUAAAACUCAAUAAUGACCCAUUUGAACUGCUAGAAUUGGUCAAACAGUUGUUAAUUUGUCGGUUAACGGUUAAUCGAUUAAUGAUUUCCAUCCCUGGUGUGCGAACUUCUCCCGAAUCGUUAGGGUUUGUGUGUGUGGGUGUGCUUGUCUGUCUUCUCUUUCUGGUUGUUUUUUCAGGGUUUGUCUCCUGCUGUCCAAUCGAUGUGUCCACUCACCCGUAAUAAUUUAAUCGUAAGCUUUAAAUUCGCACUUCAUCACAUCUCGCAGGUUCCUGCGGCUUCAUUCUGCUUCCAUUCUGUUGUUUUUACACAUCGAUCAUAAAAGUCUAUCUUCUUAUUUAUUGCGGUGAGUGGCGACUAAUUUAAUGCCUGAGAAGAAGUAAAAAGAAGACUAAUAUAUGGAUGGCAUGUGUUUGCUGGGACUCUAAAAAUCAUUCCAAAGCAUCUACACACGUGAAUGUGCUUUAUAUGCUCUUUACUGGCUGUGUGGAAUGUAUCGUUUUCUUUUUUUUUUUCCUCGCUUCUUUAUAUUGUCAUAUAAAACAGAAUCCCUUAAUCAAAAAUGGCAUUAUUUUUCUAAACACAUCUUACUUGAAUGUUAGUGUUUUCUUUUUCUCUUCUCUCCUGUAAACGACCAAACGUUAAACAGAAACGCUCGGCACUCUUCUGCGCCAGAAAAGAAUGAACUUUCCGAACGAGUGAGGACAGUCCAGACGGACGACUAGCCAACAAGAGUUUGUUUUGGUUAUAAAAUAACGAAACUCUUGGGGUGAAGAGCUGUGGAUGAACGUUAUGUCCAGCGUUGGAGUCCUGUAGGCUAGUUUGGUUGAUCACAAACCUCUCAAGAGGGGAAAAAAGCAGAUGAUUAAUUGUGAACAAUGGACAGUUAAUCGGGUAGUAUGGACGUCUAAACGUGGUCGAUUAGUCACAAAUAAUCUGGUGUUUUGUUGAUUAAUCGGGUGUAAUGGCUGACUAAACAGCCAAUGCAUGAUUAAGCAGGUGUUGUGGCAAUUAAUGGCUUGCUGCAGUUUUGUGGCCGAUUAUUCGAUGACUUGGCGAAUAAUCGGUGUCACGUGUGACUAAUCGAAAACUCUUGUUGAUUAAUCGAGUAUUUGGGUGAUUAAUCGGGUAUUAUGAUUGGCUUAGCUCAAGCAGUGGCCAAUUUGAUCUGGUAUUUGGGCAACUGUGGAUGCCUGUUCAUGAAUAACUAACGAUUCAUUGUAAAUUUUUGCCGAUUCAGAUAAAAUAUUUGGGGGAAUCAAUGUGUAUUAAGCUGUUUCUCAAAUGAAGGUGACAGUACCGCUCUGUGUCCGGGCAGUUGGCCCAGUAUCAGUGUGCAAAGAGUUUUGCCGAUAUAUAUUUUUUUGUAAGUUUAGUCCAGAACUGGGUUUUUAAUAAAGUGAUUUAGUCUAGUAUGGAUAAAAUGUCUAUAGGAUAAACACAAUAUUAAUGUACAGGCAAUAAUGCAGCGAAAUAAUUCCUCUGAAGCCUUAAUCUGUAUUUCUGUCUUUGGAGAGAGUGCACGAUAAAAAAAAAAAAAGGCUACAGAAACAUCUGCGGUCCGUGUGGCGAGACUGUGAUCACAUCUGGAAAGAUGAAUUUGUGUUGUUCAAGUUUCUGGACAGGCUGAAGGUCAGUUACUGAAAGGCUGGUGGUAAUAUGCUGCUGGAUUUCACACAUUCCAGGUGAUUGACUAAAAAACGUGAUAUAAUACUAAAAAAAUUCCUCUUGGCGAUGAAAUGGAGUGUGAUGGCUGUUUGCCGGUCUGAGGUGCGCAUCGGUUCAGUGGUAUGUUAUCAUCACUGGGCAGAAGGCGGAUCAGUCGUCGGCUUUAAGGCCUCAGGACGUGUAACGUUCUCACGCUGGGCGGGAAACACUGUAAAAUAAGGCUAUAUUUUGGUAAAGGAGAAACCUCCUUAUUUUUUCAUGGUGACUAAAGUCAUUCAGGGCUUUUUGUUGCGUUUUCUCUUUAUUUUCUAUGAACAUAAGAAACUAAGCCUCGCUCUCGAGAUCUUUUCCCUGCAUUCUUUUUCCUGGACUGUAUGAAGACCAAUAAACCACAUUGCAACAUGAAA